UCUCUCAUUAACGUAAGACACUCGACGAGGCCAGAUCUGUGAGACUUCUAAAAACCCUUGUUUUUUUCUCUUUGGCUCUCUCUCUCUAGGCUCCCGAUCUACGAGCCAGCAAAUCUCUCUCUCUCUCUAAAAAUUUCUCUCCCUAUCUAAUUCCGCUGCUGCUUGCCGGUGGCGAUUGCAUAUGAAGUUGUGUAUUCUAAUCUGAUCCAUCAGUAUACCUAUCAGAUCUGAGGGAUUUAGAUUCGUUGUUGAUUGGAGAAAAUGUUGACGAAAUUCGAGACCAAGAGUAAUAGAGUGAAGGGACUGAGUUUCCACAGUAAGAGGCCGUGGAUCCUUGCGAGUCUUCACAGUGGUGUGAUCCAGUUAUGGGAUUAUCGGAUGGGGACUCUCAUCGACAGGUUCGACGAGCAUGAUGGGCCUGUUCGAGGUGUUCAUUUUCACAAAUCGCAGCCGCUAUUCGUGUCAGGAGGAGAUGAUUACAAGAUUAAGGUUUGGAACUACAAGUUGCAUAGGUGUCUGUUUACUCUUCUUGGACACCUUGAUUACAUCCGUACUGUCCAGUUUCACCAUGAGUAUCCUUGGAUUGUGAGUGCUAGUGAUGAUCAGACAAUAAGAAUCUGGAAUUGGCAGUCACGUACUUGUAUUUCUGUUUUAACUGGCCACAACCAUUAUGUGAUGUGUGCCUCGUUCCACCCUAAAGACGACCUUGUUGUGUCGGCUUCGCUGGAUCAGACAGUUCGGGUUUGGGAUAUUGGUGCCUUGAGGAAGAAGACAGUGUCACCUGCCGAUGACAUUCUGCGGUUGAGUCAAAUGAACACAGAUCUUUUUGGUGGGGUUGAUGCUGUCGUUAAGUAUGUUCUGGAGGGUCAUGACCGGGGAGUCAACUGGGCUGCUUUUCACCACACUUUACCUUUGAUAGUCUCGGGAGCAGAUGAUCGUCAAGUGAAGCUGUGGCGCAUGAAUGACACGAAGGCAUGGGAAGUAGACACAUUGAGAGGGCACAUGAAUAACGUGUCAUGCGUCAUGUUUCAUGCCAAACAAGACAUAAUUGUUUCCAACUCGGAGGACAAAAGCAUUCGUGUUUGGGAUGCAACAAAGCGAACUGGUCUUCAAACUUUUCGCCGAGAGCAUGAUCGGUUUUGGAUUCUCGCAUCUCACCCCGAGAUGAAUCUCUUGGCUGCUGGUCAUGACAGUGGCAUGAUUGUGUUUAAGUUGGAGAGAGAAAGGCCUGCCUUCUCUAUGAGUGGUGAUUCCAUGUUCUAUGCCAAAGAUCGUUUUUUGCGAUUCUAUGAGUUUUCAACUCAGCGAGAUACACAAGUCAUUCCAAUUCGACGCCCUGGCUCUACCAGCCUAAAUCAAGGCCCACGUACUCUUUCAUAUAGUCCUACAGAAAAUGCUGUUCUUAUCUGUUCCGAUAUUGAUGGUGGAUCUUAUGAGCUCUAUAUUGUUCCUAAAGACAGCACUGGUAGAGGAGAUACCGUGCAAGAAGCAAAAAGAGGUAUUGGAGGAUCAGCUGUAUUUGUGGCUCGAAACAGAUUUGCUGUGCUUGAUAAAACCAGCAAUCAAGUUUUGGUCAAGAACCUCAAGAAUGAGAUGGUUAAGAAAAGCCCACUCCCUAUUACUGCUGAUGCAAUAUUCUAUGCUGGAACGGGAAAUUUGCUUUGUAGGGCGGAGGAUAGAGUCAUUAUAUUUGACCUUCAACAGAGGAUUGUUCUUGGUGAUAUUCAAACCCCUUUUGUUAAGUAUAUUGUUUGGUCAAAUGACAUGGAGAGUGUUGCCUUGCUCAGUAAGCAUGCUAUAGUUAUUGCUAGUAAGAAGCUUGUGCAUCAGUGCACACUUCAUGAGACAAUUCGUGUGAAGAGUGGGGCCUGGGAUGACAAUGGGGUUUUUAUUUAUACAACCUUGAAUCACAUUAAGUACUGCCUUCCCAAUGGAGAUAGUGGGAUAAUAAGGACCCUUGAUGUCCCGAUAUACAUCACUAAGGUUUCGGGAAAUAAGAUCUUUUGCUUGGAUCGGGAUGGAAAGAACAAAAUUAUAGUUAUUGAUGCUACAGAAUAUAUUUUUAAGCUGUCUUUGAUGAAGAAGAAAUAUGACCAUGUUAUGAGCAUGAUUAGAAACUCGCAGCUUUGUGGGCAGGCAAUGAUUGCUUAUUUACAGCAGAAGGGAUUCCCAGAAGUUGCUCUUCAUUUUGUAAAAGACGAGAGAACUCGUUUUAAUCUGGCUCUCGAGAGUGGGAACAUCCAAAUUGCUGUAGCUUCAGCUAAGGAAAUUGAUGAGAAGGAUCAUUGGUAUCGAUUGGGGGUGGAGGCACUUCGCCAGGGUAACGCUGGUAUUGUAGAGUAUGCUUAUCAGAAGACAAAGAAUUUUGAAAGGUUAUCCUUUUUAUAUCUCAUUACUGGGAAUAUGGAAAAACUGUCCAAAAUGCUCAAAAUUGCUGAAGUCAAGAACGAUGUCAUGGGGCAGUUCCAUAAUGCUCUUUAUCUAGGUGAUGUUCGAGAGCGUGUGAAGAUUUUGGAGAAUGCUGGGCAUUUGCCUCUUGCUUAUAUCACUGCUUCAGUCCAUGGACUACAAGAUGUUGUUGAUCGGUUAUCAGCUGAGUUGGGAGAUAAUGUUCCUAUUUUGCCAGAGGAGAAGGUACCCUCCCUUCUUAUCCCUCCAGCCCCCAUUUUGUGUGGUGGAGAUUGGCCCCUGUUGAGAGUUAUGAGAGGCAUCUUUGAGGGUGGGUUGGAUAAUACUGGGAGGUGUGCUCCUGAUGAAGAUGAGGAGGUUGCUGAUGCUGAUUGGGGUGAAGAACUGGAUAUGGUUGAUGCUGAUGGGUUACAGAAUGGGGAUAUUGAGGCAGUUCUGGAGGAUGGGGAAGUGCCAGAAGAAAAUGAGGAAGGAGGAUGGGAUCUCGAAGAUUUGGAGCUUCCACCUGAGGCAGAUACACCGAGGGCUUCUGUCAAUGCACGCUCUGCAGUUUUUGUGGCCCCGACUCCUGGCAUGCCUGUAAGCCAAAUUUGGACGCAGAGAUCUUCUCUAGCUGCCGAACAUGCAGCAGCUGGCAAUUUCGACACUGCAAUGCGGUUGUUGAGCCGGCAACUGGGAAUAAGAAACUUUGCUCCUUUGAGACCAAUGUUUCUUGAUCUUCAUACUGGCAGCCAUAGCUAUCUACGUGCAUUUUCAUCUUCUCCAGUGCUAUCAUUGGCAGUUGAACGGGGCUGGAGUGAGUCUAAUAGCCCUAACGUAAGGGGUCCACCUGCACUGGUAUUCAGUUUCUCUCAAUUGGAAGAGAAACUUAAGGCGGGUUACAAGGCGACGACAACUGGGAAAUUCACCGAAGCUCUUCGUCUUUUUCUUAGCAUCCUCCAUACAAUUCCUCUGAUUGUUGUAGAGUCAAGAAGGGAAGUUGACGAAGUAAAGGAAUUGAUUAUUAUAGCAAAAGAGUAUAUCUUGGGUCUGCAAAUGGAGCUCAAAAGGAGGGAAAUGAAAGAUGAUCCUGUACGCCAACAAGAGCUUGCAGCCUAUUUCACACAUUGCAACCUUCAAAUGCCUCACUUGAGGUUGGCAUUGCAAAAUGCAAUGACUGUUUGCUUUAAAGCGAAGAAUCUCAUAACAGCAGAUAAUUUUGCCAGGAGGCUCCUAGAGAGCAAUCCCACCGAUAACCAAGCGAAGUUGGCCCGGCAAGUGCUGCAGGCUGCCGAGAAGAAUAUGAAAGAUGUGUCUCAGCUGAACUAUGAUUUCAGAAAUCCAUUUGUGGUUUGUGGGGCAACAUAUGUUCCCAUUUACAGAGGACAGAAAGAUGUCUUAUGCCCAUACUGCAGUUCGCGGUUUGUGCCAAGCCAGGAAGGGCAGCUCUGUACUGUUUGUGAUCUUGCAGUGGUUGGUGCUGAUGCUUCAGGACUUCUCUGUUCUCCUUCUCAGAUAAGAUGAUUGAGCUGCUGAAUCAGGAGCGUUUUUAUACUCAUCCUUGUGGCAGUAGGACCCUUCAUGUUGAUCCAUUCAUCUUUGCAGGUGAAGGUAAGAAUAUUGGAGAAAUGUUAAAUUUCUAUUAAAUUGUUUGUGCUGUCCUGUCUCCCCCUUUUUUUGGCUCUUAUCUCCCCCCCCUUCUUUUUUUUUUAUUAUGAUUUUCAAUGUAAUAAACAACUUGAGAAUUUUGACCUGGGCUGUCCUUGUUAGUUGUCCAUAGUCAAGAAUGGCCAAGGGCCGUCGUUAAAAAUAUAUGUUGGACAUAGGUGAAGACAGCUUAUAUGCUGGCAUAUGUAGAUGCCAUUUAGCAAAUUUGCUUGUUGCUGUGUUGAAUUCCUGGUUUUUAUGGGUUGGCAGUAGUGAGAGAACUGUUACCUUUUAUAGUUUUGUGCUAUGUUCAGAUAGAAAUUUUUUAAUCUAUAUUCAGCAAUUGGAAUUCUUUUGCAA